AAUUUAUUGCUUUCAAAACCAUCAUGUUGUUUUGGGCAGAAAAAAUUGUUCAGCUUCUCUAUUACAGCCAAUAAUGACCUACCUACCCGUUGGAAACUUUGUAGGGCUCCCAGGCGGCUGCAACAGGCGUUGAGAGGUGCGGCGCUCGAGGCAGUAGGACACCUCCUGUCAUUCCCCAGCGGGUUGAAGGAGGCUAUGGCGACCUUACAUGCGCGGUUUGGCAGGCCCGAUUUGAUUGUCGAAUCCAUGACCGAGAAGAUCAGGAGGAUGGCGCCGACAAAAUUUGAAAGGUUGUCGACUGUAGUUGAAUUUGGGUUCGCAGUAAAGCGUUUGGUAGGAGCGAUGACGGCAUCUGGGAUACGUGGCUACAUGUACGAUGUAGCAUUACUGAAGGAGCUGGUCCGGAAACUGCCGCCCGUCUUGUGCAUCGAUUGGGCGCGUGCGAGAAGGCAUCUUUCGGAGGUCACACUGAUAGAGUUUGGUCGAUGGAUUGGCGACCUGGCGGAAGAUCUCUGCGGCGUGAUCGACGUGGUUGCUGUCACGGGUGAUAGUGACUCGAGACGCCGAGCUCCAGAAACACCCGCCAGCGCAACCCGAGCGACGACAGCCGAUCGGCACCCGACGAGUCCAUCCUGCUUAUUGCAACGCGACGCAAGAGGAUUUUUCUGGUGAACCAGCAUCGUCGAUCGCAGCGUCCUUCCCGUCGACUUGCUUUCUGUGCGGCGCGAACUGUCCUUCGCUUGCCCAGUGUAAGCGGUUCCGAGGAACAACGGUUGCUGCCAGGAGAGCUUUUGUGAAUGAACGCAGGAUAUGUCGAAAGUGCCUCGGGUACCAUGGGGGCAGAUGCGGCGUAAAGGCGCCGUGUGGGGUAAAUGGAUGCGGCGUGCAACAUCAUGAGCUGCUUCACGUAGAUAACCGGACACACGCCGACCUUGACGAGCGCGAUCUGCUCGGCGUUUCAGGUAAAACCGUUGACGCUGAUGUAGCUAACGUUCUUACCCAUUCGGGACUGAAGGAGAACGCGCUCCUCAAAUAAGUACCCGUUACGCUGCAUGGACCUGGUGGGCGCAUAGACACGUUUGCCUUCCUAGACGACGACUCUACGCCCACGUUUGUGAAGCACAGACUGAUAUAGGAACUCGGACUUACUGGAACGCCGCAUCCGCUGUGCCUACAAUGGAACAGAGGAUGAAGGAAUCAGUGAGAUUGUCUGUACGCAUAUCGGGUCGAAACAAACCGGAAACGAUCUACGAACUAUCA